UUUGACCGCUUAUAUAGACGUGCUAUUUGUUUUUAAAAGUGUUCCAGAAAUGGCAGACGCGGAUAGCGAUAAUGUAAUUCGCGUGUUGGUGGCAACCGACAAUCACUUGGGCUAUGCUGAAAAGGAUCCAGUGCGUGGAACGGACAGUUUUACAGCUUUCGAAGAGAUCUUAGAACUCGCUGUUUCAGAAGAUGUUGAUAUGAUAUUGCUCGGUGGAGACCUGUUUCACGACUCUGUUCCUAGCCAAAACUCAAUGCAUAGGUGUAUUGAACUGUUGCGUCGGUACACAUUCGGCGAUAAGCCCGUUUCUUUGGAGGUGCUAAGCGAUCAGACGCUGAGUUUUCACAACACAAUUAACCAAACCGUUAAUUAUGAGGAUCCUAAUUUAAAUAUUUCCAUACCGGUAUUUUCUAUACACGGAAAUCACGAUGAUCCUAGUGGUUUUGGACGCCUAAGUUCAUUGGACCUAUUAAGCACAUCUGGCCUAGUAAAUUACUUUGGGCGCUGGACAGAUCUUACUAAGCUGGAGAUUAAUCCCAUAUUGCUGCGCAAAGGCGAAACUCAGUUGGCCUUGUACGGACUCAGUCACAUAAACGACGCACGAUUGACUCGCCUCUUCAGGGACUUUAAGGUGACUAUGAAUUGUCCUGGAACGGCCGAGGAAGAGUGGUUUCAUCUUAUGGUUGUGCAUCAAAACCGUGCGGACCGUGGUCCAAAGAACUAUCUGCCGGAAGAAUUGCUGCCAGCUUUUCUACAUAUGAUUAUUUGGGGUCACGAGCAUGAUUGCCGUAUCGUGCCGGAGUUGAAUGUAAAGCGAGACUUCUAUGUAACGCAACCCGGUUCCUCAGUACCCACUUCGCUUUCGGAAGGAGAGUCCCUAAAGAAACACGUGGGCCUUUUAGAGAUAUACAAAACAAAGUGCCAACUAAAGCCUCUGCCACUGCAGACUGUGCGUCCAUUUAUCUUCGAGGCAAUUAAUCUGGCUGAUUACGAAGAAGAGUUGGAACUUAAAGAGGGUGAUGCAGCCACUAGAGCUUACAGCUUUGCACGGGAACGUGUAGAAGCAAUGAUUGUGCGUGCUAUGGAGUUGCGCACAGGACACCCAAAGCAGCCAAUAGUCCCCUUAAUACGCUUGCGCCUGAUGUUUACUGACGAGUCGUAUAUGUUCAACACAAUUCGCUUCGGGCAAAUGUUCGAAGGGCGCGUGGCCAACGUUUCCGAUGUGGUCCAGUUCAAGAAAGUAGUUAAGAAAGUCAAAAGUGAUACACUCGCCUUAGACAAAGAGGCAAUGAAACGUGCAUUCGAGAAGAUGGAGGUUGAGAAUACUGCACGAGUCGAGGAGUUGGUCGAUCGCUAUUUCGAUGAGGUAAAAGAUAAGAAUCCAUUGAAGUUGAUGCAUUCCAAGGCGCUGGCCGAGAUGACAUAUCGGCUGGUCGAGCGCGUCGACGGCAAUGCGGCUGAAAAUAUCGUUAAAUUUUACAGAGAAAAAGCAAUUGAGCAUUUAAUGGAAACACUACCAAGUGAUGAGAACGUAGAUAAUGAGCUGGCGAAUUUCAGAACGCGGUACAAACACGAUGACCUGCUGAAAAUGCUAGACGCACGAGGAGCUCAAGCAGUACCUCUUAAGUGCAAUGCCUUAAAGAACGAAUCUAACAUUAUAGUAAAGGGGCCCACUGCGGUUAACCGUGGUCGUGGACGUGGUCGAGGGGCUGCUGGCAGUUCCACAAGUUCGCGCGCGAAACCGCAAUUGAACGUAUCUGUCAACACAACUCGUUCUUCAGGCAGGAAUCAGUCCAUUUUGAAUGCCGCUAGCAGAUCCAAGAAUAAAGUAUAUCUAAUAUCAGAUGAAUCCGAUUCUGAUAAUUAAGUGUAGUAAGACCGAAAUCUAUUUUUUAUAUUCCAUUCCGAAAAGUGUUUUUAAUAAAUAACAGUUUAAAUAGUUUUCA